AUGAGUGGCAGUGUGUGCAGUCCGGCGGAUUCCGUUGAUUCGCCUCAACGGUCCCAAGGAGAGAGAACGAGCACAUGUAACAACCGUCUAUGGCACUCGUCCGAGUUGCGUUCUUCUUCCGGUACGACUGCACCUGGUCGAACUGCACCCAUGACUCCUCACAUUGUUUGGCCACCAGAUGGAAAUGUGAACGUGGCCCCGAGUGAGACAAGUAACCAUCUGUCUGAAAGUGACGUUCCCGAUUCGGUCGGUAGUAGCACCACGGAAGUGACCUGUCCGAGUUGUGGAUUUGAUUUGGACGAGUCAGACUCAAAACGGCGCGAAUGGAUGAGCGGAAUUCGAGCUUUGACCUAUUCGAAAACUGACUCUAUCGCUUGUCCUAUGGAUGGUUGUGCUCAUAUGUGCUCCGGUCGAGCAGAUUUAUCGGCGCAUCUAACCACAAAUCACUUUCCUGAAGGUAAACCGCUGUUCGUUGUUUUUAGUAAACUUCCUCAUCGAUGA